UGCUGCUAACACAUCAGUAUUGGCUUUGCAAAGAAGACUAAAAUUAUACUGUUAUCUCUUUUGGUCGAACUUUUACAAGUAGGAACCCUUGCAGCACCAAGGCUUAAAACUCAUUUAUGUACUAAAUAACAAGGGGUUAUAGUAUACCAUCAUUUAAGGGUAUCUACUGUCUCUACUGCAUUAAAUAUCUUUCGAAAAAUCUCUUAAUAAAUAAUGUCAGUCAUACAAGAAGUACCAUCUACUAAUGUUCUUGCUGUAUCCACACCAGAAGAAACAGAACCUACCGAGGAAUGUCUUUUCUGUGAUAAGGAAGGAGUUUUAAGUAAAGCUAAACUUUUAGAUGAUGAGGUCCAUAUACAAGAAAUGCCUGAACCAGAAGCAUUUGGUUUCUAUCACAUGGAUCUCUAUGAAUCAAGAGAAAGAUUAGCUAUGUUUAUUGAAGAAAAACCUGCUUUCAGUGAAACCAUUGAUGUUAUACCUGAGGAGUCUUUGGGAUUUUCCCAGGAAAUGGAUUCAGAACAAAAGGCAGGUGACAUACAGAGUCAAGAGGUUGAUGAACUUGCAAGACAGUAUGGUCUUUUAGAUGAUAAAGAGAUAGAGAUGGAAGAAAUGGCCAGCACCCUGUCUACACAUCCCAUUCUAGAACAGAAGGAUCAUUAUGUUCCACAACAAAAUAUUCCCUCUGAAGAUACAAGCUAUUCUUUGCAGCCUCCUAAAGCAGCAAUUAAUGGAAAUGACCCCCUGCACAGUGAUGGAUUUGUAGACGUACAUGAUAAUUAUAAUACAAAUGCUAAUAGCCACCUUUUUGAGCAUAUUACAUAUGAAAACCACAGGGAUACAGAACCAUUUCAGUUUGGUGAACAGGAUUAUGAAGUUGAAGUGGAAGAGGAAGAAAUUUUUUUUUUGGAGCCCUCUGGUGAAAUGUACAAUGCUGUUAAUUAUGAAAAUCUAGAAGUGUGCGACAAAGAACUGGAACAAUAUGAACAAGUGCAUUUAAACGUGGCUACACUAGAAAAUGAGGCCCUAGAUCUUGGGCAAGAAACUGAAGCCCCUGAAAUAGAAGAGGUUCCAGAUGUUUUUUGUGCUGCAUGCAAAACUCCAAUUAGAGCUUUUGAGAAACUAUUUGGCACACAUAAAGGGCAUGAUGUAAUCCAAAUUACAGAAGCUGUUGAAUACGCAAAGGGUGAGAUUCAUGCUAAUGUGUGCAAAGUAGAGGAGCAGAUUGUUCAGAUGGAAAACUUUUCCAGCCACACAGAUGAAAUUUUUCUUACUGUUGAGGAGAAUUUUGGGAGACAGGAACAAAACUUAGAGCAGCAUUACAAUGAAGUAAUGGACACCAUAACACAACAAUAUGAAGAGAAAACACAAAGCUUAGAGCAAGAAAAAAAAUACAAACUGGAAACUUUAUAUGAACAACUUGUCAGCUGUGGAGAACAUCUUGAAAUUUCUAAGGAUAUAAUGGAAACUAUAGUUAGGUUAAACAAAGAAAAUGACAAGAUUUGUUUUCUCAAGGAAGCUGCUUCUACAGUUGACAGGUUGCGAGAAUUUUAUUGUACAGAUAUUGACUCUGAGGUCCCUGCAUCCACAGAGUUUAAGAGUGGUUUGAUUGAUUUCACUGCUGUCAAGCAAUUGAUGGAGUCCAUAAACACAAUUCCAGCUCCAUCAGCUCCGGUAAUUAAUCCUCAGCUUCCCAAUUCAGCUACAAGUACAUCUGUAAGGGUGUGCUGGAGCCUGUUUUCUGACGACACAGUAGAAUGCUAUCAGCUGUACUAUAAAUCAGUGAUGGAAGAUGUAACCUGUGAAGAGCAAAAUGAAUCUAUGGUAAAAGUCAAAGAAACGUAUUGUACUGUGGGUGAUUUAUUGCCAAACACACAGUAUGAAUUCUGGGUCAAAGCCUUAAAUACCACAGGAACCAGUCCACCAAGUGAAAGAGCAUUAUACGUGACAGUUCCUUCUGCACCUAGAAUCAAAACAAAAGAAUGGAGCAGUUGUCCAAGUGCAGCAUUAAUUCGCUGGGAUUCUGGAAAUACAAAUCCUGUUGAAUCUUAUACUGUAGAGCUGUGCAAGAUCAAUGAAGAAGAUGAAAAUGCUGUGACAGAAUCAAUCACUGGAAUCCCUACGUGUGAGGCAUUGAUACCAUUAGAACAAGGACAGCAGUACCUUAUUUAUGUCAGAGCUGUUAAUGUAGGGGGACCAAGUGAAUUAAGUGAUCCAAUCAGCAUUUAUACAACAGGUACUAUUUUCCACUUAAAUGAAGACACUACUCAUCCCUUACUAUCAGUCUUGGAGGAUGGUGCUACUCUUGUUUAUGCUGAAGCCCAAAGCCAUGACAAUCUGCCAUUUAAUGACAACAGUUUCACAGCAUGUGUUGCUGCUAUGGGAAACCUGAUCCAAGUAAAAGGACAACAUUAUUGGGAAAUAGAAGUCGAUGAGAAUACAGAAUACAGAAUUGGAGUUGCUUAUGAAGAUACACAGAGAAAUGGCUACCUAGGUGGCAAUAACACAUCAUGGUGCAUGCGACACAUCAUCACACCCACAAGGCACAAAUAUGAAUUCCUUCAUAAUGGAGCAACACCUGAUGUCAGAAUCACAAUACCACCAAAACGGGUUGGAAUUUUGCUGGACUAUGAUAAACGGAAACUUUCGUUUUUUAACAAUGAUUUGUCCCAGCACCUUUAUUCUUUCACAUGUCAUUUCAAACACUUUGUGCACCCCUGUUUUGCUUUGGACAAACCAGGAUAUUUAAUUAUAAUUAAUGGAAUUGCAGUUCCUAAUUUUGUCCAGGUAUUCUAAGUAACAGUGCACAACAUUUUGUCCCGAUGGAAGAUUAUGUGGACUGGGCUGGAAAUGUGUUAAACUAACAAUUGUUUGGGAAUCUGUCACUGUAACAGCAGGAAUUUUCAAAGCAGAGCCCAUCUGUUGAGCAGAUGUGAGUUUGGUACAUACAUUUGUUUUAGGAUUUUAACUGUUUUAAUGUAUAAAAUAAGUUCUUCAGUCUCAAAGCAUCACUCUUUUGAUGGCAGUUUUGCCAGGACAGUAUAUUUGCAUUUUAAAGGGAAGCUUUAUUCUACUUGAGAAACAUGACUGCAGAACAACUUUCAAUCACUUUCUUAAGGCACUGAUAUAGUUAGUAUAUAGGUGAUAACAUUAAUGAACACUAUGCAAUACAUAAUGCAUCAUCUUUGGCAUAACAGGUAAAGUUUGGUUACUUAUGUCAGUGCAGGAGGAGCAGCACAAUGCUAGGAUUAUGGUAGGACUAAUCCAUCCAUCCACCUACAACUCCUUUUUCCCACUUUUGCACAUGGGGUUGGGCUUUGCCACUAUAUUAGAUUAAAUUCUUUCAGCUAUAUGAAGUUAUCAGCAGAUACCCACAUCUAAUGUUGAAAUGAUUCAUUCCACUAUGGUUUCCAUUGACUUUCAUUUUGAUGUAACAGAGAAUCUGCUUUGCUGUCUUUGUCAAGGAAUGAUCUCUGAAUAAGAUGCACAUAUGAAAACAAGUGCUUAUUUUAGACUGCUUUUAAUGUUGAUAUUUGCUAGUGUGCUGGUAUACCUAAGUCCCCUCUUUCUGUUAUCUUUCUACCACCCCACUAUUUUGUUGGCUAACAUCCCACUUGUACUGUCAUACUCAUACUGAAAUGUAAGCCCUUGCACUACUUUCUCCUUCUGUCAUUGUCCUUAAUUAUCAAACCUUUUGUCCACUCUUUUAUAAUACUACACAGACACAUCCAUGGGUUCAACACCUCAGACUACUAUACUAACCAUAGGACUAAGUCAGCUCUGGCCUACACAUUCCAGUCCCGCUUCUGGCAGCCUCCUUCAGGCCUUUACUGUCUACCUAGCCCCUUGCCCUGACACUUACAUUUAUUAUUUCAUUUUAUGUCUAGAGUCUCCAGCUAGGCAGAUACUGCCCUUUGUGAUAAAUCAAUUGGUCACUCACUGCCAUUGAGAUCAGUGAAAUUAUCUUUUCUUUUCCUAUUUAAGAGGACAUUCUUGUGUUGUAGGCUAUUGCUUGAAGGUCAUUUAUGCAUCUGAGGUCUACAUCUACUACAUGCAUCUGAGCUGCGGCUGCUUGAAGACACAGUCUUGCAGUUGGACUCAAUCAUCUUGCAGCUCACACAGGCUGCCACUUGUGUUCGAACUUGAAUAUGUGUUUAUAGGCAAGGUGUGACCAUCAUGCAGAGAGAGUGGAGCUGCUGUGUCUUGCCCAAACAUGUAUUUCAGUUUAGGUCAGGUAAGUGUGGCAACUGUGGGGACCGAGUAGAAGAGGUUGGGAGUUUACAUUUGGUAUUAGACAGUGAUCAGGAGCGGAAUUUUGAUUUUUGGAAUGGUGGGCAGUUUAGAGUUAGGUAAAGAUCAGGGACUUUAACUUUAGGAAGCAGGAGGGGGUUAGGGUUAGACAGUGAUCAAGGAAUUUUGGCUUAGAGUGAGAGAAUGGUGUUCUAGGUUCAUGGUGGGAUCAGGGACUUCAGAUGCGGUGGGUAUUUUAGGUUUAGAAAGGUGGAGGGAAGUUUUAGGGUUAGGGAGUAACUGGGAAACUUAGGUUUAGGGGGUCGGAGUGACUGAGGAAUUUAAGUCUGGUGGGAGUGAUUUAAAUUUAAGGAGUGGGAGGAGAACAUUGGGUUAAAGAGCAAUUAGGGCCUUUAGGUUUAGUGAUGGGGGGGUUUUAGUGUCAGAGUCAGGGUGGAAGGAUUUAGGUAAGUGUUAGGGAAUAGGUAGAUGUUUUAGGGUUAGAGUUAUGACUUUUGGAGGUCUAUGCAGUGUUUUAGGCUCAGGUACUGGCAGGGCCAGGAAAUUUAAUUGGAUUGGGUGAGUGGAAGUUAGGACAGUUGUCCUUUACAGCAAGUGAAAGAGAACAAGUAUGUAGCAAGCUAAUAGGACAUGAGCAAAUGCAGUAGACCUUUGGGAUCCUAAAUUGUUUGAAUUCUGCUUUCGUAACUAUAACUCUUGCAAAUGUAUCCAUAAUCCUUUAACACCUCUGUUAUUUAAGCAUCCUUCUCCUCAUCUAACCAGUUCACUUCACUAAAGUAAGGGUUUAUACACAACCUCAUUGUCAGACUUCAUCUACUACUUGAGGCAUCUACUAACUGAAGUAUUGAUCAUCAGUGAGUGCUUGCUAUGUGUUGUUAUUUCUAUUGUCUGUGUUGUUUUGGCAAGCAAUCUGUGAAUAGUUAUCAUUUGAGUACUGUUGUCUUCUGCUACGUAUGAUGGUUGCACUGUAGGUCUCAUCAGCAAAUGGGCCCCAGGCUUACUAGGACUACCUGGUGGUUAGAGGUAAUCAUGAAUACUUUCCUUUAUAUAUUAAUUAUGUAUUCCAAAUUCAUGCAAGGUGAUAAACUCAUUAUGGAAGAUUUUAGAUUGCUAGCUGGAAGUUUACAUUCAGUAGUGAAUAUUACCCUUGGGAUAUUCUAGGUCAGUAGCACUUUAGCCUUUCUGGAAUAAUAUUUUAUUUCUUAAAAUGGUACCCUCUCACUUUAAAACUCAUAAGCAAGACCUGUAUAUAAAUGUUAAGAUAGUCAUUUGUAACUUCUGUAAAAGGAAUAAAACAAGAGAAUAUCACUGAAAA